AAUGGAUUGUACUUAUUUGCCUCCAUUCGCUCUACCAUGUUAUGGUUCUGUAUUCCGCUUAGGGAAACCUCCAUAAUUUUUCCAUUCCAUCUUUCUAUUUCUGCAAUCAAUCUCUUCGUCGUUAUCCAACUCUCAUUCAAUCAUUACUAUAACAAAUUCACAGUCAAUGAUUAAUUAGUUAGAUUCUCUUUGAUUUUGUUUUCUUUUGUUGAAUAGAGAGAGAGGCAUUAUUACCGCACUAAAUUUCUGGUUAGCCUUCCACCUAUUCGAUAAAAUGCCCCAAUGUGAUGAAUUGGGAUUGAUUGCAACAUUCUGGUAUCAAAUGCCAUAUCAAGAUUUGAAUUCUAUUAGGGUUUCCAACUUUUCUGAUUAUUAUGGGAAGUUUGGAAAGAAGAAGUAAUGGUCCAUUAAUGAAGAAGAGGGUGGUGGUUAUUGGAGGGGGUGUUGCAGGUUCUCUGUCUGCUAAGUUGCUUCAAGAUAAUGCCAAUGUCACGCUUAUAGAUUCGAAGGAAUAUUUUGAGCUUCCAUGGGCAACAGUUAGAUCACUUGUGGAACCAUCAUUUGCAGAAAGAUCUAUCUAUAAUCAUAUUGAUUACUUGAAGAAAGCAACUGUUGUUGUAUCUAGUGCAGCUAAUAUCACAGAGACAGAAGUAAUAACUGCUCAAGGUCAUCUAAUCCCAUAUGACUAUCUUGUGAUUGCUACUGGUCAUGAAACUAAUGGCUUCAUCAAGAAAUCAGACACUCUUUCUUCUUACCAUGCAGAGAGUGAGAAGAUAAAAUCUGCUAAAUCAAUAUUGGUGAUUGGAGGAGGGCCAACUGGUGUAGAACUAGCCGGUGAAAUUGCAGUGAACUAUUGCGAAAAGAGAGUUAUAUUGGUGCAUAGAGGAUCAAGAUUGUUGGAAUUCAUUAGUCCAAAGGCCUCCAAGAAGGCAUUUGAUUGGCUGAUCUCCAAGAAAGUCGACGUAAUUCUCGAUCAACAUAUCGAGCUAGAUCAUACAGAACUGGGAGUAUAUAGAACAUCCUCUGGAGAAGCUAUAGCGGCCGAUUGCCACUACGAUUGCAUUGGAAAGCCAAUGGGUUCAACCUGGCUCAAGAGGACUAUUGUUAGAAAUAGUUUGGACAUCAAUGGGAGGCUAAUGGUUGAUGCACACUUGAGGGUCAAAGGCCAUAAGAAUGUUUUUGGUGUUGGAGAUAUUACUGAUGUCCCUGAAAUAAAGCAAGGGUAUCUUGCACAGAGGCAUGCUAAGUUAGCUGUAAAGAACUUGUUGUUGCUGAUCAAGGGGCGAGGUGAAAUGAAGAUGGCCGUCUACAGACCAUCUUGGCCUCUGGCAAUUGUUUCCCUUGGGAGAAAAGACGCAGUGGGUCAAUUCUUUUGUUUAGCAUUGAGUGGUUUCGUUCCUUCUAUGAUGAAAUCCCGAGGUUUGUUUGUUGCUAAUAUGAGGAAGUUACUUGGGAUCAAACCUGAUUGAGGUUUCAGUUAAUUUGGUUCAAUUUUCUCUUGUUAUUUUUGGCAAUGAACACAAAUUGAGAUGAUCCAGUAUAAACAGUUAAAUGAAAUGAGGAAUAUAAAUAUUAGGUAUUGAUAUGUCU